CUGCACUACGGGAGCCUCCUGGGCAGCAGAGCUUGUGCCCAGAUGGCAGCAGCUGCCUGGGGCAGUGGCUUUCUUGAUGCUCUUCUGCAGACUACUAAUACAUUUUCCCUGCCCCUCUGCCACGGCAAUGCUGUGGACCAGUUCUUCUGUGAGAUCCCCCACAUCCUCAAGCUCUCUUGUUCAGGUUCAGACUACCUAAAGGAAGUUGGACUUCUGGUGGUUAGUGCAUGUUUAGCAUUAGUUUGUUUUGUUUUCAUUGUGCUUUCCUAUGUGCAGAUCCUCAGGGCAGUGCUGAGGAUGCCUUCUGAGCAGGGCCGGCACAAAGCCUUUUCCACGUGCCUCCCUCACCUGGCCAUGGUCUCCCUCUUUGUCAGCACUGCCAUACUUGCCUACUUGAAGCCCCCCUCAAUCUCCUCUUCUUACUUGGACCUGAUGGUUUCAUUUCUGUACUCAGUGCUGCCUCCAGCAGUGAACCCGCUCAUCUAUAGCAUGAGGAACCAGGAGCUGAAAGCCACACUGAAGAAACUGAUUCUAGUGGUAAUAUUUACUUAG